AUGGUUCUUGAAUAUCCGAUUCAAACAUCACUUGAGACCCCUCCAUAUACAGCUGAGAGAUUUGGAAAACUCGGCAAUGCUACUACUCAUACCAAUAGCCAAUAUAGUGAAAAGAAUCUGAAAGAAUCACUGUCUACACGAGACGACAUUGGAUUGAUGGGACAAAUAAUAUCUAGAAAUUUGGAUGACCUGGCUAAUCGCAUAUGCGAUAGAGACCUCCAGAGGCAGAUAACACCGCUAUCUGAAACAAACUCAUUGCACACUAUCAAUGAAGAAGACAGAUUCAGUCGGCAAGCUGAAGGCACUCAAACAAAGGGUACAACUGAGAUAUCUCCAGUGAAAACCAUUUUUGAAUUUCGUGGGGAAUUUUUUACAAGUAACCAACGCGUAGUCCACGUCAAUGCUACUGUGGAUCUAGGAUGCCAAGACAACUUCAUUUCGAAAGAAUUCGUAAAGAAGACUGGACUCGAGUCUCAUACGUAUGAGAACUUCAAGCAGCGCGAGCGUGUUGGUCCAGCCGAAAGAUUGGUUAAGCCCGACCAAGAGAUCAAACUUCGAUGGCGUCCUUCUGGGUCAAUCAAAACAGAAGUGACUCGGUUUUUUCUAGACGAAAAUAUGGAAAACAUGGACAUGGUUGUGGGUCAGGGUUUUGCAGACCUGGAUGGAAUCUUUGGAGAUAUACCAGUGGAAGCAUACACUCUAAGAAUCCCGUGGAAGGGGAACUCCCGCAAGGAACGCCAAGCAAGAAAAGAAGCCGUAGAGAAGCACAAGCGAGAAGAGAAAGAAAACGAGACGAGGCAACGCACCCAAGAGUUAGAAGCCAGGAAGCAACGACUUGCUUCCGCAUCAUCUUCCUCCUCGAUAGCACCGAGUGCCCUGUCUGGCUCAUCUGGCAACUAUUUAGCGUCGACGUUAAACGCACAAAGGAUGGUCCCAGUUACAACCACGACCCCAAGUCCAUCGUCUACGCCAGGCAUCCUACCCGGGUCAUCGCCAUCAGCCGUGCGAAUACCGGCAAGCCCUGGAGGUCCAGUAACUAUGCUGAGAAGACGCUCAUUCUGA